AUGAAGAGUACACUCAAAAUCACCACCUUGCUUAUUGCUACCUGUCCUCUGACUCAAGCACUUGCGUUCCGUACUACGGAUUCCGUCAGACUCGACUCCAGGGCCGAAUCACACAAUGGCACAGUCAACGCGACGAUGGCUCCCAUUGUGGGCGACGAAUCGUUCAACUUCAACAUCUUGGUUUACAUGUCAGCCGCUCCCUACCAAGGCGCUGAUAUUGGAGAAGUCCUUGUUGCCGCCAACAAUAUCAAGGAUGGGGAUGGUGAAAGUUUUUAUGAACAAUUCAACAACCUGGCUACCCGCGUUCACGAACAGGCCAUCGCAAUUGACGCGAAGAAGCAUCCCGUCUCUGCUAGGAAUACAUUUUUUCGAUCAGCCAAUUAUUAUCGCGCUGCCGAUGUGUAUCUCCAUGGUAACUGGACCGACCCGCGAAUCAUGGACUUGUGGAAAAAGCAAGCUACAGAUUUCGACAAAGCUAUUCAGCUACUGCCUCAACCCGGCGAACGCAUUGAGAUUCGGGCGGACAACUUUACCAUCCCGGCUAUCUUCUUUAAAACCAACAUGCCAGGAAGACGCCCAACAGUUAUCCUGGGUCAAGGUUACGAUGGAGCCAUGGAAGACUUAUACCAUGUUAUGGGUGAGGCUCUUCUUCAGCGUGGCAUGAACGCUAUCGUGUACGAAGGCCCAGGACAGCCAACGGUCCGCCGAUAUCAAGAUCUCGGGUUCAUCCCCGAAUGGGAAAGGGUUAUAACCCCCGUCGUGGACUACAUUCUCACUCGUGAUGACGUGGAAGCCGACAAGAUCGCAUUGAUGGGUUACUCCUUUGGAGGCUUUCUGGCCCCGAGAGCUGCUGCCUUUGAACACCGACUUGCAGCUGUUAUGGCCAUCGAUGGCAUAUAUGACUUUGGGGAAGCUAUCCUGACACAGUUCGGCCCGGAUGCUACCAAAGCUGUUCUCGGCGGAAAGAAGGAAAUCGUUGAUGGUCUUGGUAAGCAGAUACAGGAGGAUCCGAAUACUCCCACAACCAUGCGAUGGGGUAUCAACCAGGGUGAAUGGACCUUCAAGACUCAUUCAGCCUAUGACUUUGUCAAAAAGGCCCAAGGAUAUACACUCGAGGGUCACAUCGACAAGAUCAAAGCUCCUGUAUUUGUCGGUGAAGCCAGGAAUGAUGUAUUUUUCAAAGGACAGGCUGCGAAACUGGCCAAGGAACUCGGAAAGCUUGGCACGCACCAUGUAUUUGAGGAUGUUUUGGGUGCUGGUGAACAUUGUCAGAUUGGAGCUUCAGUGUUGAUGAACCAGGUCUCUUUGGAUUGGCUGGAGGAUGUUUUUUCCAACUCAAAGAACUCCAGCUGCGAAUAA